AUGCCCACAGCCCUGGCUGGCCACGGGCUCAAGAGGGUGGGGGCUGACCGGGACCCAGGGCAGCAGGGAGCCCCCUUCGCCAACCCCCGCGGCGCAGAGCGCACUCCCAGCGGCCACGCCGCAGUCAGCUCUGCAGGCACAGGACAGGGGGCGGCUAGCCUGGAGCCCGCGCUGGGCUGCGCUCCUCUGAGCCGAGGGUCUUCUCUUCGCCCCCGCACGGACACGGCCGACCGGUGCCCGGCAGCACCCGCCUCGGCCUCCCCGCAGCCAGGGCGCCCAGGAACCGCGUCCCAACAGCACCGGGCUCGCACCGCACCCCGGGGCUCCGCGCUGCCGGCUCGGGGCGCCCCGGCCGAGGGGGCCUUGCUUCCGGUCAGCUGCGGGCCCCCCGACGAGGGCCAAGUGCUCCGGCCGCGGGGCACCGCCUCUGCCCCCAGCCAGGGGCCCGGUGCGGGGUCCGCGGCCGGCCCGAACGCAACUUCCCGCCGGAACCCGCAGGCCCGGCCCGGGCACAGCUCCCGAAGGCAGCGGCUGGCGAGGCCCCGCCGGGGCGGGCAGACCCAGGACGCGGCGGGCGGGCCCCGACCCCGGCCCACGCGCGGCGGAGCGCCCCGACCCCGGCCCACCCGCGGAGACGCGCCCCGACCCCGGCCCGCCCGCGACCCCGGCCCACCCGCGGGAGCGCCCCGUCCCCGGCCCGCCCGCGACCCCGGCCCACCCGCGGGAGCGCCCCGACGCCGGCCCGCCCGCGACCCCGGCCCACCCGCGGAGACGCGCCCCGACCCCGGCCCGCCCGCGACCCCGGCCCACCCGCGGAGACGCGCCCCGACCCCGGCCCACCCGCGGGAGCGCCAAGCUCGCCCACAAAGACCCGCGGCGCGCGCCGCCAGGCUGACCGGUGCGGGUCCCGCGGCCGCCGGUGGACACCUGGCUCCCGCGCGCCGCCCGGCCCCAGGAAGGGCCACGUCCCUGGGCGGCGGCCCCGGCACUCACCGAGACCCCGGCCCGCUCCGCUCCACUCCGCUCCGCCGGACGAACCGCCGCGGGACCGCCGAGACGCCGCCGGCAGCUACUUUCUCCGGCCGGCCCGCCCCGCCUCCUGGCCCGAAGCGCCGCAGCCAAUCAGAGGCCGCGCCCCUGUGA